AUGGCGCGCUCCUCCAUCGUCCAAGAAUACGCACCGCCCGCUCCCUCCACCCCCACCCUCAGUCUCGACCAGAAAGUCACACUAGAGCGUCAGAACAAUGGCAUCACCCGUCCAAAAGGCUAUCGCGUCUCCUGGCACGCAAACCCGGCCGUGGAACCGCACCAUUUUGGCCAGUCGCAUCCAAUGAAGCCAUGGCGGUUAACCCUCACCAAGCAACUGGUUAUGGCCUACGGCAUGCACCACGCCAUGGAUCUCUACCUGGCGCGCCAGGCCACAUACGAGGAGAUGGCUGAGUUCCACAAAUCCGAUUACCUUGAUUUUCUGCGCCAGGUUAUGCCCGGUGAUAUGGAGAACGCCGAGCAGAGCGAGAACAUUGCGCGCUUCAACUUUGGCGACGACUGCCCCAUCUUCGACGGCCUCUACAACUACUGCUCCCUCUACGCCGGUGGCACCAUCGAUGCCGCGCGCAAACUGUGCAACAACCAGUCCGAAAUUGCAGUCAACUGGUCCGGCGGCUUGCACCAUGCCAAAAAGGCCGAGGCCAGCGGCUUCUGCUACGUUAACGAUAUCGUCCUGGGCAUUCUGCAGCUGCUGCGACACCACCCGCGCGUCAUGUACAUCGACAUCGACGUCCACCACGGCGACGGCGUCGAGCAAGCCUUCUGGUCCACCGACCGCGUCCUCACCGUCUCCUUCCACAAAUACGACAAGGACAAUUUCUUCCCGGGCACCGGCGCCCUCGACAGCACCGGCCCCCAACACUCCCUCAACCCAGGCGCCCACCACUCUGUCAACGUCCCCCUCCACGACGGCAUCGACGACGACUCCUACAUCGAACUCUUCCAGAACGUCAUCGGCGCCUGCGUAAACACCUACCAACCCGGCGCCAUCGUCCUCCAAUGCGGCGCGGACUCCCUCGGCUGCGACCGUCUCGGCUGCUUCAACCUCAACGUCCGCGCCCACGGCGCCUGCGUCGCCUUCACAAAAACCUUCAACCUCCCCCUCCUCGUCGUCGGCGGAGGCGGCUACACCCCGCGCAACGUCUCCCGUGCUUGGGCCCACGAAACCUCCAUCCUCAUCGACGCCCAGGACACCAUCGACUCCAGCAUCCCGGAAUCAGUCGCGUUCCGCAAUCACUUCGGCCCGGAUUUCUCCCUCUUCCCGCCUCUCUCGGAAAUGCGCAGACUCGAGAAUAAAAACCCCCGCCCGUACCUGGAAAGCCUGAUGGAGGCCAUCCACGAACAACUCCGCUACAUCAAGGGCGCUCCCAGCGUGCAGAUGAGCUUCAUCCCGCCUGACAUCCUGGGUUUGCGCGAGGACACGGAGAAGGAAAUCGAAGAGGAAGCGGCGAUGAGAGAGGAAGAUCAAGAAGAGUACGAGGGUGGAGGUUCGAGGGCGAAGAAUAGUCGACGGAGAGAGUUGGAGCGGGCGGCUGGCUCCAAGGGGGAAUUGUUUUCCUAG